AUGCCCGAAGGGUCUUGGAAGUGCUGCGAGUGCAGCGAGAACAACAACAGCGAGCUAUGCGGAACGGAUGAGAACGACAAUAUGAAGUGCAACGCAACGCCUUGUAAUCACACAAAGUGUGACGACUGUUCAGACCCGGAUUGA